AUGUUUGCAUUCAUUGCAGAUGGAUGGACAGCUCUACACGUUGCUGGUAAUGUUGAGGUUGUUGAUUAUCUGUUGAGAAUUGGUCUCAACACUGAAGAUCGUGAUAAGGGUGGCUACACACCAUUUCUCUGGGCAUGUCUUAAUGGUCGUUUACCUGUAGUAGAACGUCUCAUUCAAUCAAAGUGCAACAAAGCAGCAACAACUACUAAGAGAUCAACAGCCGUACAUCUGAUCUGUUCACAUUUUGAUCUUAAGAAGGACCACUUGUCAGUUGUGAAGCUGUUGACAUCAUUGAGAGUUGAUGUGUCAGCUAAGAACAAUGCUGGCAAAACUGCAAUGCAAGCAGGACAAGAAAGAUUGCGAUCAGUUUUUGGCAGUCACAAAGAAAUUCUUUCUGCUAUCCUUUCCCAUCUGAAGGAAUUCAUUGAAAGUACUGUUGCAGUUCAACUUCCCAGUCAUCAUACAAGCUCAGCAGCAAUUCCAGCUGCUGGUCAUCUCUCGUCACCAGUGACAGGAGCAAUGGAGGACUACUACACCCAUACUACGAUCUCCAACAGAAGUGGCAAAAUUGGUAAAUAAGUUAGCACAACAUCUGAUUCAACAAAUAGAGCAAGUGACACAAGAUGGUUUAGCAAAAGGCAGGCAAAUGGAUGACUUUAGACAACAAAUCACAGAUCUACAGAAGGCACUGAGAGAUGAGCAAUUGAAGAGAAAACAGGCAGUUGCUAGAGAAAGAAGGGAGAAAGAGCAUGCAGUUGCUAGAGAAAGAAGGGAGAAAGAAGAUCUACGAUGACGAUUA